GGCGCGGCGCGGGGGCGAGCGGCGCUGCGGGCCGUGGGAGGAAGCGCUGCGCCCGGCCCGACGGCGCUCGUUGGAGCCACAUCCGCCGGUCGCCGGCGACGCUGCCGGCGCCUGUCACCGGCCCCUCCAUCUUGAAGGGAAGGAGGCCGCCGUUUGCCACCGCAGGGGCGGGCAGCCGCGCCGCGCUCAUGGCGUUCAGUCCCUGGCAGAUCCUGUCGCCCGUGCAGUGGGCCAAGUGGACGUGGUCCGCGGUCCGCGGCGCGGGCGCCGGGGAGGAAGAAGCCGGAGGUCCCGAGGGCGACCCCCCCGAGGAGGAGGAGGACUCGCAAGCCGAGACCAAAUCCCUGAGUUUCAGCUCGGAUUCUGAAGGUAAUUUUGAGACUCCUGAAGCUGAAACUCCAAUCAAAUCGCCUCUCAAGGAGUCUUUUGAUUCACCACUAGGAUUGACAGAACCUGAGGCCAAAACCCAAGAACAACAAGAAGCCGAUGAACAGUUUGUAGCAGAAGUAACUGAAAAAUGUUCAUCCGAUCCGUGUUCUAGAUCUUCAGAAAAUGAAGUGCCGCAGGCGCCCACUGAUUCUCACUCAGUCAAGGAUGUCAAAGGAGAAACCCACCAUGACGUUAGUAAGAUCUCAGUGGUGAGGCCAUUUUCAAUAGAAACCAGGAGUUCCGCAGAGGAGCCGGCGGCUCUUGGACCCAAAGCAUCCCAUGGCUGUGUGCCUGCGCUCACGGGCGAGGCUUUGCCCUCUGCUGCAUCAGAAGCCGCUCAGGACAAGCCAGGGACAGAGGGGGGGAUGGGGGUCACAUCAGAGGCUUUUACAGAAGCCGGUCUGAAGACUGGAGAGCCCAUGGCCAGCAGGAGCAAGCUAAGGAAGCCCAAACCUGUCUCCCUGAGGAAGAAGACAGCCGGAGGUGACAGCGUGGGAGCGGAAAUGAUCAUGGAGGGUUUGCCUCUCCCUAAGGCUUCCUCCCUGAUGAUUCCUGAUGAAUUCGAUAAGAACACACAUCCCAGGGUGCUGAGGGGUGCCAGGGCCCAGAAGUCUUCCCUUAACCUUAAAGAAGCUGCCAGCGCCCUCAGUAAUGGCACCAGUGGUUCAGGGGUUGGGCCGCAGGAGGAGUCCAGGAACUCGCCUCUCAGACUUGAGUAUGAUUUUAUAGAAGAUGGGGAAAAUGUCGAGACCAGGAAUGCCCUUCCAAGGAAACCUGCUAACAAACUGAUGCCCGACAUAUGGAAAGACGGCAUCAGUCAGCCAGUGGAUGUCGAACAGCCUGCAGACCCAAGAGUCCAAGAUGCCGCCGUCUCCCAGACGUCUCCUAAGCCAGAUCCGAGUAAACGGGGUCCCCCCAACUUGAACUCCUCCGGGAGCUGCCCCAUUCUCCAGAGCUCCCCACCCCUCUCCUGCAGAGGCUCCUACCACUUUGACCCAGAUAACUUGGAUGAGUCCAUGGAUCCCUUUAAGCCAGCCGCAGCGUUGACAAGCAGCACCCUUGGUUCCGCCACUGGUAAUCAUGUUAAUGAAAUCUUAGACUCACCCAAGAAGGCAAAGUCGCGUUUAAUAACGACUACUGAGCAAGUGAAAUUUCUCUGUUUUCUGGUGAGUGGCUGCAAGGUGAAGAAAUACGAAACUCAGGCUCUUGAUUUGGAUCCAUGUUCUCAGGAUGAAGGAGCUGUGAUCUCGCAGAUCUCAGACAUUUCCAAUAGGGACGGCCACGCUACUGACGAGGAGAAACUGGCGUCCACAUCCUGUGGUCAGAAGUCAGCCGGAGCAGAGGUGAAAGGCGUAGAGAAGGAGACAUGCCAGAAGACGGAGAAAGAGGAGUCAGCUGUGCAUGGAGCGCUGGAGUCCUCUUCAGAAAAGGCCCCCGUGUCGGUGGCCUGUGGGAGUGAGAGCCCCCUGGAUGGGAUCUGCCUCAGCGAAGCAGACAAGACCGCCGUGCUCACGUUGAUCAGAGAAGAGAUAAUCACUAAAGAGAUUGAAGCCAAUGAAUGGAAGAAGAAAUAUGAAGAGACCCGAGAAGAAGUCUUGGAGAUGAGGAAAAUUGUGGCUGAAUAUGAAAAGACCAUUGCCCAAAUGAUUGAAGACGAGCAGAGGACAAGCAUGACCUCUCAGAAGAGUUUCCAGCAGCUGACGAUGGAGAAGGAGCAGGCCCUGGCUGACCUGAACUCUGUCGAAAGGUCCCUUUCUGAUCUCUUCAGGAGAUACGAAAACCUGAAAGGCGUGCUGGAAGGGUUCAAGAAGAAUGAAGAAGCCUUGAAAAAAUGCGCUCAGGAUUACUUAGCUAGAGUUAAGCAGGAAGAGCAGCGGUACCAGGCCCUGAAGAUUCACGCCGAGGAAAAACUGGACCGAGCCAACGAAGAGAUUGCUCAGGUUCGCUCCAAGGCCAAGGCUGAGAGUGCGGCUCUCCAUGCUGGACUCCGGAAAGAGCAGAUGAGGGUGGAGUCUCUGGAGCGGGCCCUUCAGCAGAAGAACCAAGAGAUUGAAGAACUGACGAAAAUCUGUGACGAGCUGAUCGCAAAACUGGGGAAGACGGACUGAGGUUCCUCCCGAGAGCCGUGUGGAUCGGAGUCUGGCUGCUUGUGUCGUGACCACAGUUAUCUUGCCUUAUCCAGAAGUAACCCCUCCUUUGCAGAGAAAGACAACUUUUUAAAAAGCACAUGCCUGCUGCUGCCUCUCCCGCUUCACGGCCCCUGCCGCAGCUGGAGCCUGGCUGCUGGGGAAGGAACGACGGGACGCAGAGGCCCGCGCUCGCGUCCAGGCUGUCGCUUCCGUUAGACGGGCUGCUGGGUCCAGUGUGUGCUGCUCCAUCUCCACUUCGUCUUCACCUUUCCCGAGUUUGUGAAGUUUCUAAUUUUGUGGCGACUGUGUGGGAUUAUCUUCCCAGCACAUAUUUGAUAUUUUUAUGACCUGGUUAAUCUUUUAAAAUUUCAAUAUCAGCGGUUUUAUUGAAGGAGA